CAACUAGAGGACAAGGGGUUUGGUUUGGUAUUAGCCUUUAGUUUUCUCUCCUUGUGGAGUCCUUGUCCGGUUUAGGUAUCAGGGUGAUGCUAGCCUCAUAGAACAAAUUAGGGGCAGUUCUCACCUCUUCAUUUUUUGGAAAUGCUUAAGAAAGAUUGGCAUAACUUGUUCUGUAAAUGUUUGGUAGAAUUCCCCAAUGAAGCCAUCUGGUUCUGGACUUUUUUGGGAGGUUUUUGAUACUGCUUUGAUCUCUUCAUGUUAUGCGUCUGUUCAAGUCUUCUCUUUCUCCUAGAGUUAAUUAUUUUGCUGUCUUUAUGAAUUUUUAUCUAUAAAUGUCUUUGAUCCUCCAACAUUCUUCAGUUGAGUGCCUCUAAAGUGAGUUUCUAUAGAAAAGGGUGAAUAGCACAGCAACCAAUGAGGAAAAGGUUCUAGGAAGGAUAGUUUUGCCAGAGUUGAGAAGUGUUGCUGAAGGGGGUGUAUGUUCUUGAAAAUGAAUGCUUUAUUUGUGAAUUUUCUGAAUUCAAAAUAUAGGCAUAGGACAGUGAACCUGUGUUCUUGGGUCCUUUUACUGAUCUUUUUUUUUACUUUUCCAAAGAUGUCUCUGCAAAAUGGACCCACAGAAUCUAACACAUAUCUCUAAAUUCCUCCUGCUGGGCCUCUCAGAGAAUCCAGAACUGCAGCCCCUCCUCUUUGGAAUAUUCCUGUCCAUGUACCUGCUCACAGUGCUUGGGAACCUGCUCUUCAUCCUGGCUGUGAGUUCUGACCCCCACCUCCAUACCCCCAUGUACUUCUUCCUCUCCAACCUUUCCUUGGCUGACAUUGGUUUUACCUCUGCGACAAUCCCAAAGAUGCUUAUGAAUAUCCACACACACCACAGAAUCAUAUCCUAUGUCAACUGCCUGAUUCAGUUGUCUUUUUUUAGUUUUUUUGGAUGUAUGGACAAUCUACUCCUGACAGUGAUGGCCAAUGACCGGUUUGUGGCCGUCUGUCAACCACUUCACUACCCAGUCAUCAUGAACCUCCACCUCUGUGGCUUGUUUGUUUUGGUGUCUUUUUUUCUCAGCCUCUUGAACUCCCAGCUGCACUGCUUGAUGGUGUCACAAAUCGCCUUCUGCACGGAUGUGGAAAUUCCUCAUUUUUUCUGUGAUCCUUCUCAACUCUUCAACCUUACCUGUUCUGAGACCACUAUAAAAAACAUACUAGUAUAUUUUAUUGGUGCCAUCUUUGGUGGUGUUCCUGUCUCAGCCAUCCUUUUCUCUUAUACUCGAAUUGUUUUCUCUGUUCUAAGAGUCCCAUCAUCAGGUGGGAAGUAUAAAGCCUUUUCCACCUGUGGCUCUCACCUGUCAGUCGUUUGCUUAUUUUAUGGCACAGCUAUUGUAGUGUACCUGAGUUCUGCUGUCUCACCUGCUCCUAGGCGUGGUGCAACAGCCACAGUGAUGUACUCUGUGGUCACCCCCAUGUUGAACCCCUUCAUCUACAGCCUGAGGAACAGGGAUAUCAAAGGGGCCCUGCAGAGGCUCCACCUGAGGAUCAUUAAAAGCCACUCAAGUCAUUGUGAAUAAAUUUUCAUCUUUCUUUUCAUUAUUCUAGGAUAGCAAAGAGCCAUAUCCUAAGCAAAGGGAGGCUCAUUCCUUUCUCUAGUAGCAGCCUCAUUGGGAAUCCACUUUGUAACCAUGCUUCCCUUUCUUUCGUCAUGAUAAAUCUGUCUCGGAGUUACUUCUGUCUUUCACUACAUGGAUAUCCACCUUUCCUUUAGAGAUGCUACAUAUAGUUCCUGAUGCAGCAAUGUGGGCUUUGAAAACCUGUGC